UCGAGCAUGUGCGAUGCGUUAUGAAGAGACACGGUAGCGUAAAAGUGAAUACUGUGUUUAACGAUGAAUUUGUGGUGGGUGAUAAACGCGCGAACAAAAGCAUCAAUACGAGGAACGUUGAACUUUUUUCCACAUCCGAUCUAGACAAUUGGUUCGCGAUGCGUGUUAUCGAACCUACCUUAGCGUCCUUGGAAGAAUUCCAGGAACAAGAUAGCGGGUGGACACUCUCACGCAUACUCGAUCUGACCGUUAACAUUAACAAGUACAAACCGAUGCGUGCGGGAUGUCGCAUCGAAUUACCGCGCGAAAUAAAAAUGAAGCGAGCUGUGAUCAGCGUGCAAUCUAAAGACAAUGCAUGUUUCGCGUGGGCGGUGGUUGCAGCAUUAUAUCCAGCUGACAAAAACGCAGAUCGUCAAUCUUCGUAUCCACACUAUACAUCGGUGUUGAAUAUGCACGAUAUUGAAUUUCCAAUGCGCAUAAACCAAAUUAAAAAGUUUGAACGGUUGAACAAUAUCUCGAUCAACAUUCAUAGUGUGGAGAAGAGAUAUGACGACGCGACAAAGAAAGAAGGAAACGUGGUCGUGCCCAUACGUCUCACGAAACAGAAAAUGGAGAAGCAUGUCAACCUGCUGCAUAUCCCAGAUCCGCGAGAUGACAGCGCCGGACACUUCGUGUGGAUCAAAAAUUUGUCCCGACUCGUCAGUUCACAACUGAGCAAAAAGGAACACAAAAAACAUAUUUGCGACAGAUGUCUGCAUUACUUUAGCUCGAGCGAGAAGCUUGAGAGCCACACAGUCGACUGUCAAAAAAUGAAUAAUUGCGCCAUCACCUUGCCAAACGAUGAUAACAAAUGGCUCAGCUUCACCAACUACUGCAGGAAGGAGCGGGUCCCGUUUGUAGUUUACGCCAACUUGGAAUGCAUCCUGGAGAAGAUACCGAGGGAAAAACAAACGAGUUCGUAUGCGUAUCAAUAUCAUAGCGUAUUUAGUAUAGCGUAUUACGUGCGAUGUUCCUACGACGAAUCGUUAUCCGCGUAUCGAUGUCGUCGCGAUCCGGAUUGCAUCUCGUGGUUUGUCAAAGAACUUGAAGAACUGGCACAUCAUGUAAAGGAUAUUUUGUCGACAAAUGUCUCCAUGGAAACUUUGUCGAAAGAACAAUGGGAGACAUUUCGGAACGCUACGCUGUGCCAUGUGUGCGAGAAAUCAUUCGCAAAGGAUGAUACACGCGUGCCCGAUCAUUGCCACCUGACUGGACGGUACAGAGGUCCCGCGCAUUCCAAUUGCAAUCUAAAUUACCGAGACAGUUAUUGCAUUCCCGUAGUCUUUCACAACUUAUCCGGUUAUGAUUCACACUUCAUCAUCAAAGAUAUAGCAACCGCGUUCGAAGGUUCAAUCACUGUACUACCGAUAACCAAAGAGAAAUAUAUUUCGUUUACAAAGACUGUAGGAAACAUGAUGGAUAGUAGGAAUAAAUGGAAAAAUUGUAUACAAUUGCGGUUCAUCGAUUCGUACAAAUUUCUUAGUUCUAGUCUCAAAAAAUUGGUGUCUUUUAUCGACAACGGCAAAUUAAAAAUUGUUCAGUCCGAAUUUUCAAAUUUGUCCGACAAGGAUUUUGAUUUAUUGACACAAAAGGGUCUUUCCGUACGAAUACCUUGAUUGCGCGGACAAGCUGCAGGAUCGAUGUUUACUGCCGCGCGAGUCAUUUUACAGUUCGUUGACGGGUGACACGAUAUCCAAAAGCGAUUACGCGCAUGCCACGAACAUCUGGCGGUGAUUCUCCAUUCAAACCUUGGGUGAAUAUAGCGACUUGUAUCUGAAGACUGAUGUCUUGUUACUGGCCGAUAUUUUUGAAAAUUUCCGCAAUAGUUGCAUCAAAAGUUACGGGUUAGAUCCCGCGUAUUUUUACACUUUGCCUGGUUUUACGUGAGAUGCUAUGUUGAAGCAUAUGGGCGUUAAUUUCGAAUUGCUCACUGAUAUCAACAUGGUUAUGUUCAUCGAGCGCAGUAUUCGCGGUGGUCUCAGUCAAUGUUCCGGUAGAUGCAAAGGUCAAUAACAAGUACAUACAGUCUUACGAUCCAUUGCAAUCAUCAUCAUACUUGAUGUACUUCGAUGUAAAUAACUUGUACGGUUGAGCAAUGUGUCAACUGCUUCCAUACGCCGAAUUUCGAUAGGUUGAUGAUGUAUCGAAUUUCGACGUAUCAUCAAUCGCGUUAGAUUCACCCAUAGGAUAUAUUCUGGAGGUCGACUUGGAGUAUCCGCAACAUCUGCACGACGCGCACACUGACCUACCGUUCUGUCCGACGCGGAGCAAACCUCCGAACAAAAGGCAAGAUAAGCUUCUCGCAACUUUAUGCGAUAAGCAGCGUUAUGUGAUUCAUUAUCGCAACCUGCAGCAGUGCACGCGUUACGGUCUUCGUAUUGGAAAGAUACAUCGCAUACUCAAAUUUGCUCAAUCCCCAUGGCUCCGCGAUUAUAUAGAACUUAACACGCAGUUUAGAACACGCGCGACAAAUGAUUUCGAGAAAAAUUUGUACAAAUUGAUGAACAACACUGUAUUCGGCAAAACCAUGGGAAACGUUCGCAAUCACGUAGACGUAAUACUGUUAACAAAAUGGGACGGACGAUACGAUGCUGAGGCAAUGAUCGCGAGACCAAAUUUUCAUAGCAGAAGUGUCUUUUCGGAAAAUUUAAUCGCCGCUGAGCUGCGUAAACUCGAGGUGAAAUUCAACAAGCCGAUCCAUGUAGGUAUGUGUAUCCUUGACAUAUCCAAGACCUGCUUGUACGAAUUUCAUAACGAGUACCAGGUAUGUAAAUAUGAAACCGGAA